AUGAAGCGCCCGCUGACCGACGAGGACUUCGCUGCUCAGCACAAGUACUCGUUCGACAUCGUCGGGAAUGAACUGACGCCGUCUGUCCAUUAUGACUUCAAGUUCAAGGACUACGCACCCUGGGUCUUCCGCGAGCUGCGGGAGGAACACUUCCAUUUGGACCCGGCCGACUACCUCCUGUCGCUCACCGCCAAGUACAUCCUUUCCGAGCUCGGCUCCCCUGGCAAGAGCGGCUCGUUCUUCUACUUCUCGCGCGACUAUCGGUUCAUCAUCAAGACCAUCCGCCACGAGGAGCACAAGUUCCUGCGCUCUGUGCUGAAGGACUACGUCAAUCACGUGCGGAAUAACCCCCAUACGCUCCUCAGUCGCUUCUAUGGGCUGCACCGUGUCAAGAUGCCCCACGGGCGCAAGAUCCACUUCGUCAUCAUGAACAACCUCUUCCCCCCGCACCGUGACAUUCACGAGACCUACGAUCUGAAGGGAAGCACCGUUGGCCGGUACGCACCGGAGGACCCGCCUCCUGCGCCAGGCGAGCAGCCGAAGUCGAGCAAGGUCCUGAAGGAUAUCAACUGGAUCAAGAAAGGCAGGAGGUUGGAGCUGGGUCCUGAGAAGCGAGCGCUCUUGACUGAGCAGCUCCGCCGGGACAAGGAGUUCCUGAAGAAUAUUCAUGGUGAACGUGGCGGUAGCCAUGGCGUCAUGGACUACAGUUUGCUCGUCGGCAUACACAGCAUGGAGCGUGGCAACCGCGACCAUGUGAGGCGGAAGACGUUGAAGGUCUUUGAGCCUGAGUUGCGCGGACGACGCAACCACCAGGACCCCACCGAGGCGAGCGCCGUACGCCGCGCGAUGCGCCAAAGUGACCCGAAGCAACUGCAUGAGCACGAGCUCACACAUAGACACCCCACGCACCAUCGACGCACCUCGACGUCGUCAGCGAACGGGCCCGCGAGCCCCGUCUCCCAGGCCGCUCAACCCAAGGUUGUCACGAUCGACGCGUCCGCGCAGCCGGGGCGCACGUCGACUUCCUCUGCUGCGGACGGCCCGUCGCUGAUCGUCCCCAACCAGCAGCCCGUGCCCGAGAAUGCGUCGCAUGGCGCGCUAGGGCCGACGGACGAUGUGCUUGAGGGCGCGUCCUUGGACCAGCUCUUCCAGGACCGCCAGCAUUUCUUGUUCUAUCAGGACGAGGGUGGUCUCCGCGCCACGGACGAGUACAACCUGCCGAUGGACACGAUUUACUACUUGGGCGUCAUCGAUAUCCUCACGCCGUAUGGCUGCACGAAGAAGGUCGAGCACUUCUGGAAGGGCUUGAAGGCGGAUAGGCAUAAAAUCAGCCCGGUACCGCCUUCCGACUACGCCGAGCGAUUCUUCUCGUUUAUGAAGGCCAUCAUGCGCAACGGCGGCGACCCGGAAACCUUCCUGACGGGCAAGGACAAGGAGAAGAACCAAUAG